UCGGCUCUUAUUGGUCGAACUCUCUCUUAGCUUUCACUUCCUGAUGCGCUCCUAUUGGCCAGAGGCUGCCUUUGGUUUAUUUCCGGAAGUGAGUUGUUGUUGCUGUCAGACUUCCCGAAGAACCUCUCCGUCUCAGACCCCAGUUUCAAGAGCCCAGUCCAGGAUGGCCCACUGGUUCCACCGAAACCCCCUGAAGGCGACGGCCCUGGUCUCCUUCAACUUCUACGGGGUGGCCGGCAGUCCUGCCGCCAACAAGAUCUGCAACAACCUGAGGACGGACCGUGCGCGGCUGCUGGAGAUGUUCACAGACGUCACCUGCAACCCGGACAUGAUGAAGAACGCCACCGACGCCUACUUCUCCCUGCUCCAAGGGUUCAUCUCGUCUCUGGACGGGACCACACAGGAGAACAAGAUGAGAUUCAUCCAGAACUUCAAGUGGACCGACACUCUGCAGGGGAACGUCCCAAGUGCUCAACAGGACGCCAUCUUCGAGCUGAUCUCCAUGAGCUACAACGUGGCCAUCUGGUACACCAAGUUCGCCUCCCGCAUGGCGGGCAAGGAGAAUGUAACGGAAGCGGAGGCUAAAGACGUCCAUCGAAGCCUGAAGAUGGCCGCCGGCAUCUUUAAACACCUCAAGGAAGACCAGAUCCCCCGCCUCAUCACCCCUGCCGAGAAGGGGCGGGACCUGGAGGCCAGGGUGAUUGACGCGUACAUCAUCCAAUGCCAGGCGGAGGCACAGGAAGUGACCAUCGCGCGGGCCAUCGAGCUGAAGCACAACGCUACGCUGGUCGCCGCCCUGUCCUACGAGACGGCCAACUUCUACCAGAGAGCCAACCAGACGCUUCACACUUUGGAGCCAGAGUGCAGCAACAAGUGGAAGAAAUACUUCCAGCUCAAGAUGCACUUCUACAUGGCUUACGCGUACUGCUACCACGGACAGACGCUGCUGGCCAGCGAUAAGUGUGGAGAGGCCAUCCGCUCCCUACAGGAGGCAGAGAAGUCCUACCAGCGAGCGGAGGAGCUGUGUAAGGAGUACCGGCAGACCAAGGGCCCGGGCUCCACCGCGCGGCCCUCGGAGCAGCUCUUCUUCCUGAAGCUCGGAGCGCUGGUGAAGAACACGCUGGAGAAGUGUCAGCGGGAGAACGGCUUCAUCUACUUCCACAAGGUGCCGGAGGAGGCGCCCCAGCUGGAGCUAAAGGCGAGCUACGGGCUAGCUGAGCCGCUGGCCUUUGAGCUGCCGCCGCUCAGCGAGCAGUGGAGCCCGGAGGUGCUGAACACCUUCGACCUCACCAAGGGGGCCAAGAACGACAAGGCCAAGGCCAAGCCGGAGGAGGAGGUGAAGCCCAUGAAGGAACCAGACCUGAAGCCUCAGAAGGACACCGGCUGUGUGGUCUCCUAGGGCGACCUCUGACCCCUCGGAGCCCGCGUCUCAGCCAAUCCCCUUCCUCCAGGAGGGCUCCAUCUUGUUUCCCUCCAUGGUGGCGGGAGGGCGGUCCAUACUGUAAUGUUAUCCCAGAGCUGGUAUCAUCUUCUGCUGUCUGCUUUACAACCCACAAAGUAAAAGUCCCCUCCUAGCCUAGCCACGUAGCCUAGCCGCCUAGCCUAGCCUGCUAGUCUAGCCUGCUAGCCUCCUAGCCUAGCAUCCUAGC